UUAUUUCGUUUUCUUGUUGUAUACACAAACGUCGAGAUGAUCUAGACUACAAAGGGGUUCUCCUAAACACAGUGAAAGUUAACAGACGAAAAAUCGGGAAAUGGAGAUUGUGACUUUUUGUAAUUUUCUUAGCUACAGUGUCAUUUUGACCUGUCUGAUUGUUAAAAUACCCCAGAUUCUGUCAGUUCUUAAUGCAAAAAGCACAAAAGGACUCAGUUUAAGCAGUGUUUUGUUGGAGGAGAUUGGGUAUUCCAUUAUGCUGACAUACAAUUUUGCUAAGAAUUAUCCAAUUGCCUCUUAUUUAGAAUACCCAGUGCUUGUGCUUCAGGACUUUAUUUUGAUUGUUGCCAUACUUCACUUUGAUGGACUCCUGAAAGUGAAAAUACUUCCAGUCUUUUUUCUAUAUGUGUUCAUGUGCUCAGGAAUAGCGUUUAGAUGGUUUCCAGAUGUUAUUUUAACAACAGCAAUCAGUUCGGUAACUCCACUUUCCUUCUCCAGUAAAUUUGCUCAAAUCAAACUAUUGUACACUAGUAAAGCCCCAGGGCAGGUCAGCCUCGCCACUUGGAGCAUUGUAGCUUACGGAGCCACUGCCCGCGUGGUGACUUCGUAUUUUCUGACCGGGGACCCCGUUGUGAUAUUGAAUUUCUGCGUUGCAGCGACCAUGAACGUGACUAUUUCAUGCAUGAUUUUAUACUAUAGACAACUCGUGAAAGACAAGAAAGAAUAGAAAAUCCUUAUCCGGUACCAUACACGUGAUGUAUAUAUCCAAUUAUUAGUCAUUAGAAGGUCGCCAUGUGGCGGUAACUGACCGCCAGAAACAGAAGCGGACGUUCCAACCUUCGUGGUCCAGAAAUCAUGAGUGGCUGGAAUAAGAUGACCAGCUUAAUAAAAUGUUUUGUAAAUAUUGCAGAACAAUGGACAGUGUUAACGUCUUUGUGACCGAAUGUUGUAACUUAAACUUCGAGAAUUUGUUCAUCAUACUGUAGUUUGAUGUGAAAAUUAGUGCAACGGAUGCUUAAAAAUUAGUCAUUGCAUUUCAAUAAAUACCGAAAUAAUUGUCAGAA